AUGUUUAGCCCCAAAGAAAAAUCACCUUCAAGUUUCGAAAGUGCGAGUUCCUUUACUAGCGAGGGUUCCGACUAUUUCUCUCCAGAGAAAAGCGAUGCUUUGACGUUAGAAUAUCCUGAGGAGUACGAACAAAAUUGUUUGCUUUUUCCGACUUAUGCCACAAAACACGUAUGCAAUGAAGAUAAACCGGAAUUGACCGAUAAUUGGAAUAUCCGUGCCCGUGGAUGGGCCUUUUCUACACCGAGAUCAAGCAAGACUCGUGCGCUUUUCUUAAAAAUAACGUCGUUGGUGAAUAAAAUUCCCAAAACCGAUUCGAGAUAUGAACAUCUUCAGUCUCGAACGCCGCUUUUUUGGGCUAGUAAUCUUGACAACAAGGAAUUCUUUGUUGAGGUGGUCGGCUUGACAAAACCACAAAAGAUGACUCUCGAUGGCGAUCCUAAUGAUCCACUUGCAGAACAAAUUGCUGAGAGCUUUAUGCCAGAAAAGGCGGUGAAAUUUAUGGAAAAUAUUCGUCAACAUUAUCAUGGGAAUACUCAGAUGGGCGACGAGACAUAUAAAACCCAGGUUGUGUCGAGUUCGGGAUGUUUUUCUGGGGAUAUUGUAAUUCCACAAAAGACGGUACGAAAGUGGCUAAAAGCAAGUGAUGUUGACAGUUCUUGGAAUAUGCUCAAAUUAGAGGUUUAUCAAAAUGAAAAUGCUAGACCAGCAUUUGGCGUGGUGAACCUGAUAGAGCCCACAGGUGUUUCUGUAAUUUCGGAUAUUGAUGAUACGAUCAAGGAAACGGCAAUCUUGGCUGGACCAAAAACCAUAUUUCUGAACACUUUUCUGCAACCUUUUAAAGAAGUCCCUGGAAUGUCGGAGCUUUAUCGAUAUUGGUAUGACAAAGGGGUGGUGUUUCAUUACGUAUCGAAUUCUCCUUGGCAACUGUUUCCAGCAUUGCGAAGUUUCUUUCAAGAGCAUAAUUUUCCUCAGGGUUCUGCACACCUUAAAUUUUAUGAGUUGAUCAAGAGUGCCCGUGAUCACAAUAAAGGGAGUUCAACUGCGAGUAAAAAAAAAUACAUAACAGAACUAUUAAAGGAUUUUCCCGAAAGAAAAUUUAUUCUCAUUGGUGACACCGGAGAACGUGAUCCAGAGCUGUAUGCCGAAAUUGCGGAGGAAUAUAAGGACCAGAUUAUCCGAAUCUUUGUUAGAGAUGUCAACACACCGCAUCUAAAUAGUCAACCAGAUACGCAAAGAGCAGUAUCUUAUACUAGAGCAUUCAAAUAUUUCAAAAAAGUGUAUUCUAUUUAUGGUGAUGGAAAAGAGAAUGGAAAAGAAACCGAGAUGGUAUCGGUGACUACGGAAUCAACCACGUCCGAACUUUCCAACACCUCUUGUGUUACUAGGAGUUAUAAUAUGGAUGAGAAGAACCCUCCUCAACCAUCUCCCAAUCGCCUUAAUCUUAGAAAUAUCAUAUCUUCCACCAUUACCAAUGUAAAAAAUACAGCACGAACUCCAACCGAUGAAACAGGAGAUUCGUACGAUCCAGGAAUGAUGAUGGAAACGGAAUCAAACAUCUCAGAAGACAUGUUCUCUGCAGAUUCAGAUGAAGACAAGCCUAAAUCUCCCAGGGAUUCAAAAAUAGAAUCAUUUAAUAAGAGAAUAAGAGAUUUACAGGAAAGAUUCGAAGAAGGGUUCUUUUCAACUUUCAGUGAUCCAGACGAAUUGAGGAAUGAUCCUAUCAUUAGAAAAUACCUUAAAAAUUAA